AUGUCGUCGCCUGCUCCAAAAGUGCCACAACAACAACAACAUGCCAAGCCGCAGGGGAAGCAAGGCAGUAAGGCCUCCAAGAAACUGUCCGAGGGUGAGGCGGACCUAUAUCUAGACCAAUACAACUUCACCACCACCGCUGCCAUAGUGAGUUCCGUGGACCGUAAGAUCUUUGUGUUAUUGCGUGAUGGGAAGUUAUUGUUUGGUAUCCUGAGAACGUUCGACCAGUAUGCCAAUUUGAUCCUGCAACAUUGCGUCGAGAGAAUAUAUUUGACUGAAGAGAACAAGUACGCCGAGAAUGAGCUGGGGAUAUUCAUGAUCCGUGGUGAGAACGUCGUCAUGUUGGGGGAAGUGGAUAUAGAUAAGGAGGAUAAGCCUCUGGAAUCGAUGGAACGCAUACCCUUUAAGGACGCUUCUAGAAUUAAGAAGUUGAAUGACGAGAAGAAGUUCAAGACGGAGACUAAGAAGGGCAAGGAGUACGCUCGUUACGGGCUCAUUCACGACUUCCACAAGUCUGAUAUGUAUUAA